CCUAUCGUAAUUUGUAGCGUGGUCACAAGCGUGGUAUAUUGGUGGACUAAUAGUGGUGCGAAAGUUUUGCUAGAUAAGAUAUACUGUAUAUACAUACCUAUCGAGAUACUUUUAACUUUCACUUUCUACGACAGACGUCACAUUCUAACUGCUCUCCAUGACGCUGCAACUCCUACGCGUCAUACGUAAUUCAUUUACAAUUCGCUUUAAUAAUUAUACACAUAAGUGUACACAAUUCGGUUACCAUUGUCAACGUUGCAAAUACCGUUAUUCGGAGUGGGGGCCGGGACGCGCGAGGGGGGCACGUAUCAGUGGAACGGUUGAAGCGCGAGUUCACUCUGUCACUCGGUCAUUACGGUAUUUCUCAACAACGCGUCCCACAUUUACGAUCUUGAAAGAAAAAGUGACAAUGCCAGAAAACAAACCAUUUCAGCGUCUUCCGAAAAAUGUUGUUCCUAAACAUUAUAAUUUAGAACUAGUACCAAAUUUGGAGAAAUUCACAUUUACUGGAAAGACUGCAGUGAAAGUAUCGAUUGUGAAUUCAACCAAAGAAAUAGUGCUCAAUUGUUUGGAUUUGGAGUUGACGAAUGUUAAACUUCAAUAUAGUGAUUGUGGUUCUGAGUCCACGCUGAAUCCUGUAGAAGUAAGGUUGAGCGUGCCAGAUGAAACCGUGUCCAUACUUUUUGAAAAAUCAUUACCAGAAGGUGAGGCAACGUUAUAUUGCGAAUUUACUGGAGAAAUAAACGACAAAAUGAAGGGCUUAUAUCGCAGCAAAUAUUUGACAGCGAAUGGCGAAGAGCGAUAUGCUGCAGUAACGCAGUUUGAGGCAACAGAUGCACGCAGAUGUUUUCCUUGCUGGGAUGAGCCUGCAAUCAAAGCUACCUUUGACAUAUCAUUGAAGGUGCCUGCAAAUCGUGUUGCCCUGUCCAAUAUGCCUGUUAAAGAAGAAAAAGUCACUGGUGAUAUAAAAUAUAUGCAAUUUGAUACUACACCUGUAAUGUCUACAUACUUGGUGGCUGUUGUUGUAGGAGAGUAUGACUAUGUAGAAAAGAAAUCCAAUGAUGGGGUUUUAGUUCGUGUUUACACACCUGUGGGGAAGAGCAAGCAGGGCCUCUUUGCUCUAGAAGUUGCAGCUCGUGUCCUCCCAUAUUAUAAACAGUAUUUUGAUAUAGCUUAUCCACUACCUAAAAUUGAUCUGAUAGCAAUAGCAGAUUUUUCUGCUGGUGCAAUGGAAAACUGGGGUCUGGUAACAUAUAGAGAAACAUGCUUACUGGUAGAUGAAGAACAUACAUCAGCUGUGAGAAGGCAGUGGAUUGCUCUGGUAGUUGGGCAUGAAUUGGCCCACCAGUGGUUUGGUAACCUCGUAACAAUGGAGUGGUGGACCCACUUAUGGUUAAAUGAAGGUUAUGCCUCAUUUGUUGAGUUCCUUUGUGUCAAUCAUUUGUUUCCUGAAUACGACAUUUGGACACAAUUUGUAACUGAAACCUAUAUUAGAGCUUUAGAGUUAGAUUGUUUGAAAAACUCGCAUCCAAUUGAGGUGCCUGUCGGACAUCCUUCUGAAAUUGAUGAGAUUUUUGAUGACAUAUCAUACAACAAGGGUGCAUCUGUUAUUCGCAUGUUGCAUAGAUACAUUGGAGAUGAUGAUUUCCGUAAAGGCAUGAACAUUUAUCUUACGAGACAUCAGUAUAAAAACACAUUCACAGAAGAUUUAUGGGCAGCACUAGAAGAGGCAUCCAACAAACCUGUUGGGGCUGUAAUGUCAACUUGGACCAAACAGAUGGGCUUUCCAAUGGUGCAGGUGAGCUCAGAACAAAGAGGUUCAAAUCGAGUACUCAGACUGACCCAGCAAAAGUUCUGUGCAGAUGGAAGCCAAGCUGAUGACACUCUCUGGAUGGUACCAAUCACUAUCUCUACACAGGAACAACCUUCUAAGGUGGCACUUUCUACUGUGUUGGAAAAGCGAACUCAAGAAGUAGUCCUAGAAAAUGUUGCUGAAAACUCUUGGGUUAAGCUUAAUCCUGGCACUGUGGGAUACUAUCGUACACGGUACCCAGCGUCGAUGUUGGCUCAACUGGUGACGGCGGUCCGUGAUGGCUCAUUGCCGCCACUCGAUCGUCUCGGCUUACUUGACGACUGCUUCGCGCUUGUACAAGCCGGACACACACAUACUGCUGAGUCGUUAAAACUCAUGGAAGCAUUUAAUAAUGAGACAAACUUCACAGUGUGGUCAUCAAUAUCUAAUUGCUUAUCGAAAUUAAGCGCCUUGUUCUCAAACACAGCUCUUGACAAACCGUUGAAAAAUUAUGGCCGUAAGCUAUUUUCGAACAUCACCAAAAGAUUGGGCUGGGAUGCUGAAGAAAAAGAAAGCCAUCUGGACACUCUUCUUAGGAGUUUGGUACUCAAUAAAAUGAUCAGUUUUGAAGAUCCCGAAACAAUAAAAGAGGCUAAAAGUCGGUUUGAGAAGCACAUGUCGGGCGCUGCGCCGCUACCGGCGGAUCUGCGGUCGGCGUGCUACCGCGCGGUGUUGGCGACGGCGGACGCGGCCACGUUCGACCGCUUCCUAGAGCUGUACCGCGCCGCGGACCUGCACGAGGAGAAGGACCGCGUCAGCCGCGCACUUGGCGCCGUCGCCGACCCCGCGCUGCUACACCGCGUUCUCGACUUUGCUAUAUCGGAUGAAGUGCGGUCCCAAGAUACAGUUUUUGUGAUUGUCUCUGUCGCAGUCAGUAAGAACGGACGUGAUUUAGCGUGGCAAUUUUUCAAGGAUCAUUGGCAAGAAUUUAUGGACAGAUAUCAGGGCGGUUUUCUAUUGGCGCGGUUGGUGAAGUCGACGACAGAGAACUUCGCGUCAGAGACGGCCGCACAAGAGAUAGAGGAGUUCUUCCGCACCCACGUGUCUCCCGGGACCGAGCGGUCGGUGCAGCAAGCGCUCGAGACGGUCCGCCUCAACGCCGCCUGGCUGCGCCGCGAUCUCGCCUCCACCACCGCUUACCUACAGUCCUACCAUUGAGUUGCACCGCCACACGCCCCCCUCCCCAAACACUUAUAAUUACAUCAAAAUAAGAAUAGGAUUGACUUCCCAAUUUUCCAUUCGAUUUUUUAGAUGUCUAAGUAACUCUAUAACAGUUACAUUACCAUUUUAUAUUUAUUUUGCACGAUUUGGAAUGGCGAACUAGCCGACGAUUCAACGAGUAGAAAGUGGUAUCCGUUGACUAUUAUAAUACAUCUCAAGUGAUAGUAGACAGAAUGAUGGCAUUGAUGUUCCUAUUCUUAUUUCGAUCGCAUUGUACCAACGCCACCACUGGAUCCGAAUCACACAAGACUGAGCUCACAUCGAAGUCCAUACUUUCGAUAAGUAGGACAGUAUAUACGGUUUUCCGGUAUAGUUUUUAUUCGGGUCCAGUGAUAUUCUGUAAUAUAAAUGGAUAACAGUUAUUGUAAUUUACUUAUUGUAAACUAUUUAUUCUAUAUACUUUUACUAGAACCGCCUUUUUUUCAAGAUCAUUUACAAUUAUACUAGCCAAACGACAGCGAAUGGUGUAUCAUUUGGAUUGUAAUUGCUGAAGAGCAAGUUUUAUUAAACCGAUAUAAUUCUACAAUUAGAGAAAUUGGGUUGACAAUGUCUUGACACAUAUAUAUUUUUUUUUGUUUAGUUAAAAAUAUUUUGCUUUUACACUGUGUAUAACAGCGGUCGUUUAAUUUUAGCAUUAUAUAAUUAUAUAUAGGCGCUGUAAUAGGCUAUAGUGGAUAUUUGACUUAUACCAAAGGUCUAUACUGGUAUAUAUAAUUAUGUAAAAUUAGUGGCGCUAACAUUGCGCUAACAAUCGUUAACAUUUUUAUAGUGUACAAUAUGAAAUGAAUUGGAAGCACAUCUAGCCUAUUACAACGUUUGAAGACUAAAGUUGAGGGUACUGUCUGUACGUUUAUUUAUAGAUUAUUUAACCACGUUUAAUAUCUCUUUAAAGCGGAAAUAGAUACUAGAAUAAUAUGUAUCGUCGCUAUACAUCUACUCGUAUACCACAUUACUUUGUGGAACAGGAUAGAUUGUUUCAAUAUUUACACUAGAUAAUUCCAGUAUAAACUAUAAUAAAUGAAUUUAUGUAGAAAUAUUUAAUUUUUAUCUUUUUUAUUUUAUGAUUUUUAUUGCACCUGAAUCUGUAUAAAUGUGUAAAAAUAUUAUUUUAAUUUGUAAAAUAUGUUAUUGAGUAUUUUAAUGGUGCUGAAUGCGUUGUUUUUAUUUGAGUAUAGUUAUCUUCCCAAGAACUAACAAUUUUCAUAAUACAGUUUCAGCAUUGUGCAAUAGAUUAACUUAUAUGUAAGGUGUGUAGCGUUUCUGGCUUUAUUGGACUAUUAUUGGUCUAAAUUGUGAUGUAUGCGACGGCUAUAAUAAUAUUUCGAAGUUACCAACAGUUUAAAAUCUUUUGUUGUGAUUAUAGAUUUGUUUUGUAAGACUGUGUUAUCGCAAUAAAUCGUACAAAAUUGAAUCAAUGA